CAGCGCCCCCCGGAAUCUGCCCAUUAAGCUCCACAAAUUCAAGAUGGCUACGGACCCUGACAGUCAGACCUUCGACUGCAUCAUAGUCGGGGCAGGAGUUGCAGGUUGCGUGCUGGCAAGUCGCAUCUCGACUAGUCGUCCGGACCUUCGCAUCCUCCUGGUCGAAGCGGGGGUUGAGAAAGAUGAUCGGACAUCCGGCGCGAUGGCCUUCACGGGCGGAUUCGACUCAGACAUCGAAUGGAACUAUCGUUCGGUGCCGCAGGAGCGCAAGUUUGGCGGAGACACCGUCUGCCUCACGUCCGGCAAGAUAGUCGGGGGAGGGUCGGCUGUUAACUACCAAGUAUUCACCCGCGGGCCGGCCGUGGAUUAUAACCAGUGGGCAGACAUUGUCCGGGAUGAGAGAUGGUCGUGGGAUGCUCUUCUUCCGUAUUUCAAGAAGGUGGAAACCUGGUUUCCUUCCGCGGAAAUGAUGGACCGGGGCAUCGUCCCAUCUGAGUCUCACGGGAGCAGUGGCCCGAUAAAGGUCAGCCACGCGACGAACAGCGGAAAGCCACGCAACUACCCCUUACGGGAGAAGACGCGCAGAUUCCUCGAACUGCUGGGACACAGGCAAGCGAGUGAUAUCAACGCCGGGAGCCCACUAGGAUACUCGGAGGCAUUCAACUCCACCUAUGGGGGGUUGCGGAGCUUUGCAAACAGCUACCCCCUGGGUAGCAAUGUCAUUCUGUGGACGAAGUCGACUGUAGAGAACGUGAUCAUGAAGGGAAAGACUGCGGAGGGUGUCAUAAUUUCCCGGUCAACGGGCGAUGGAUCCGAACGCGUCCGUGUGGAGGCUGGGAGAGAAGUCAUCCUCGCCGCAGGAGCGCACGGCUCAGCAAAGAUUCUCCUACUGAGUGGUAUCGGCCCUGCGGUCGAACUGGAUCGACACAAUAUCAAGCCGGUUGAGGAGCUGCCUGUGGGGAGGAAUUACGUGGAUCAUCCCCAUAUCUUCACCUACUGGACGGUCACCGAUGAUACCGCCACCAUGGGCGAUGGGGAGAUGCAAGCAUCAGAAGUCGACUGGCUCGCAGGCUUGCCAUACGACUGGAUAUCCUUUGCUCCCGCGGACGGGGAGACUCUGGAGCUGGCGAGGAAACUUCUCAGCCCGACAGACUUCGCUCGAUACUCGGCCAGGGGGAAGAUGCAGGUCGAGAGCUUCAUUGUAUACGCCACUGUUGACACCUCUGCUCGAAAGCAAUUGCUGCAGGGCUGGCCAGGCAGACGGGUAAUCAGCCUCAUGCACAUCCUCGUCGACCCGGUGUCGAGGGGAACACUCACGCUACGCUCGUCCGACCCCAUGGACCCCCCGGUGUUAGACCCGAAGGUGCUCGCAUCCCCAAUUGACAGAUCGGCCCUGUAUAAAAGUGUACAGGCCUCCGCGCAAGCCAUCCAGGCAGUCGACGGUCUGAACGCGGUGGAAUUCGGGAUCGAUGACGCCAUCCGCGAUGAUUGGAGCAACGAGAGCAUCGACAUCCGGGCCAACAGGAGUGGAGGCACCGUGUUUCAUACAUCGGGGACAUGUGCAAUGGGGGAAGUGGUCGAUACCGAGUGUCGGGUGUUCGGGAUCGAUGGCCUGCGGGUGGUGGAUUCGGGGGUGAUCCCGAUCCCUUUGGCAGCCCAUUAUCAGGCACCGACCUACGGGAUUGCGGAACGGGCGGCCGACAUGAUUCUUUCGUCGCUCGCAUGAAAAGUUCUGUCCUGUGUGAG